AAUAUGAAUAAGAAAAUAAUUGUUAAGAUUAUAUGACUAAAAAUAGGGAGAGAUUUGUGAAGUGAAAAUGUCAGAGCUCUUGCCCCUUUCUUGGCUGGUCCAAGCCAGCGCUUACAAAGUUAAAAUCGGUGAGGAGACCGUCAUCACAACCGUCACUGAUCGCGAAGCUAUCGCGAUCAGUAGCAUCUCGGCACUUAGGAGUGAAUUGGAAACUCCAGAUCCAUUUGUUGGAAUCGAUGUUGUAAAUAACGGAGAUCUGUUGCUCUUUCAUGUGAAAAAUCGGUGCCUAAUUAUUCAAUUUAAUCGCAUGAUGCUCUUGGAUGAUCUAACUGAUAUCCCUGUUCCUCUUAAGGAAUUUCUGCGGGACAAAAGUAUCACUUUUAUAGGCCCUAGAAACAUAAGCCAGAAUUGUACUGAGUCAUAUAUAUCUGGAACUGGAAGUAGCAGCGAUAAAAUAGUAUUGAAUAGAGUUGUUGAUGUUGGUUAUUUGACUGGUAAGCUUUGUAAGAAGCCAGAUCUGCUGAGUAGUACACUGGAAGAGUUGUUGGGUAGAGUUGGCAUUGAUAUCAAGAAGCCUCUGAUUAGUGAAGGUUCAAUGCGUCCUGAUUGGCAAUCGUCUUCGGUUCUAUCGGAGGAUGAGGUGAAAUAUGCGAUGUAUCAAGUUCACGCAUGCUAUCAAAUUGCAAGCAAGCUAAUUACUGAUGCAACUGCAAGUGAGUAAUAACAUGAUUUGGAUAUGUAGUGUUAGUUGUUUAUGUUUAUUUCUUGUUACCAAUAUUAAGCAUCUUUUGUAUCUAUAUCUAUGAAAAAUCAAAAACCAAGUGGUACUAUAGCUUAUAUUGCGUUUAUCGAAAGUUAAUUUGACUAA